AGACACCUUAAACCUCAAUCUCUCUCAGUAAAACCCUCAUUUCGAUCGUCUCGUGUAGCCCCAUUCCUCCUCGAUUCAGCUAAACCCUAGAAUCCACCGAAAAUGUCGCUAAGCACCGUGUUUCGUCGAGCCUCGUCGACAGUGGCCACUCUUGCCUUUCGUGCAGUUAGAUCUCCGGUGAGCCUCCGCACUGGCGCCGUCUCCGCCGAGAGACUGAUUCUUGGUAGCCAGCAGCUCAGCCGUGGAUCGAUUAUCUCUUUCUCGAGAUUUUCGUCGGAAAGUGUCGUCACUAAAAAAACCGCCGACGAGAAUCUGGUUAGCGUUCUCGAAUCUGAAAUUGAAUGCGCCGUGAACGAGGAGGCACCUGAUGAAAACGUCUUGGAAGAUAAGCCAGAAGGGUUUCCUUUUGAAAUCAUUGAUACUCCAGGGGAGAGAACUGUGUUGCUACAAAGGAAAUUUGAGGAUGAAACCAUCCAAGUGGAAGUUGACUCUAGCGCACCUUAUGAUGAUGAUGAAGAAGAAGCGGAACAAAACGAUGAUGAAGAAGAGCAAGAAAACUCGGUCAAGAUCCGGAUUCCAAUGGUUGUGAGUGUGUCGAAAGGUGAUGGUGUCUGUCUUGAGUUUGGAGUCAGCGCCUACGCUGAUGAGAUUGUGAUUGAUAGUUUAUCGAUCAAACAUCCUGAAGGAUCUGACAAUGAGCUUGCUUACGAAGGACCUGACUUUGAUGACUUGGAUGAGAACUUGCAGAAGGCUUUCCACAGGUUCUUGGAGAUCAGGGGGAUCAAACCGAGCUUCACUGACUUUCUGGCAGAUUACGUGGCCAACAAAGAUAGCAGAGAGUAUCUUCAAUGGCUCAAGGAUCUUAAGUCUUUUGUUGAGAAGUAAAACAGAACUUUGUUCAGUAGAAUAAGAGUGAAACUUUUAGGUGAGGUUUUUACUUCAAAACUUUUGAGUUUAUCGUAGAUGAACUUGAUAUCACCAUGAUCCAUGAUGAUUCAGAAAUUUAUUGGAAAGAGUUGUUGCUU